CAUUGGUGGGUGAGUGAUGGGGGAAGUGCUGCUGCUCUGGAAGUUAGUAACCUUCUGCCAGUAAAUGUGUUGAAGCGAAGACAACAAGAAAGAAAGCGCUGUUUAUAGAGUUUUGUUGGUAGUAGCUGGCAGAGAAAAGUUUGCUUUAUUCCGGUGUUUUUAUCGUUUCGCCGCCAUGGAGUUCGUUGAAGAGUCGUCGCCAGCCUUGGCUUUCGAGAAGGACGCGUUUGAGCUCACGGUUGAAGAUGUGUAUGACAUUUCGUAUGUAAUCGGGCGAGAUUUGUUGAAAAUAAGCAGCACGGGCGAAGAAGUCUCGGAUUUACAGUUUAGGAUAGUCCGCGUGCUGGAAAUGUUCGAGACGUUGGUCAACAAAUACAACUUGUCUCUGGAGGAGCUGAAAAUGGAGCGGGACAACUUGAAGAGUGAGCUGGACAGGAUCAUCAAGGAGAGCUCCUCUGGGCAGGGCACGCAAACGGUGGGACCAAACCAGCUGUUGGUGGACCUGACAGACCCCAACAGACCGCGCUUCACCAUGCAGGAGCUGAAGGAGGUCCUGCAGGAGAGGAACCAGCUGAAGGCUCAGCUCAUGGUCGCCCAGGAGGAGCUUCAGCUGUACAAGAGUGGGAUUUUGCCACAGGCUGAACCAGCCAUGGUGGAAGUGGAUUUGGAGACACCAGCAGCUACAGAGCACAGUCCAGCCUCAAUAAAUGGUGCAAAAGAGGAGAGGACAACCAUAGGCAAACUGUUUUCAUUCAGGCGAAAAUAAGAAAAACCUUUCCCAAGAACGGACCAUGUAAGAAGACAAACAGUAUUUGUCUGCACUCUCAUCAGUUAACCACUUUUAUAUUGACUAUUUUUACAAUGUGUAUUUGUCAGUCUAACAAGCUGUGUAUUUUGAACUGGUAUUUUUUACCUAAGAUGGUGUAUAGUAAUAUAGUGUUUCCUGAGUAGAAAGAUAUUAUGUGGAAUGUUUUGUGAAGAUAUGAAACUGGAAAGUAUUUCUCUUAGUAGUGUUGGAGAGUCUCUUGUAUGUAUUAACUCAAAAUGAAGUUAUUUAUAGGCUUAAAAUGCAUUUUUUUUAUAAAUCAAAAUUAAGUCAAGGGGCUUCAUGGGGGUCCAGUAAUCUAAAACACAUUUUCUGUAACUCAACUGUCAGCUAUCAAAUAAAUUUAAAAGAAUAACA